CAUUACCUUUAAUCUCCACUGCUCAACAAUGGGUUAAUCAGAUAAUGUGUAAUGAUAUUUCUAAAAGCCUCAAAUAAUAUGGUUGGUUUCGCAAGAAACACAAUUGUUCAGCUUUACAAAAUGAGGUGGAUGGGUUACGGUUUUGAAAAAAAUGUUACUAGUUUAUUAAGCACUCUUAAAGUGUCGAUGGUAGGACUAUAUGCAUGUGAAAUCUAUUUUAUUUUUAAGCAUUUAGUAGGUGGGCUCUCUCCAGGAUUAUGAAGCAAUAUAUUUGUUUUGAGCUUCAACUAGUACUAGGGUUCUACCUUAUAAUCAGAAGAUCAUGCACACUUUUUUCAGCACUAACAUGCCAGGACUUUGCCAUUAAAUGUGCUUAUUUGAAAUUUUCAGUUUACAUUUUUCGAUACAUAUUAUACUUUGAUGCAUUUCAAGUAGGUCUCUACACUUUGGGUAAAAGCUGGGUGGUAUUGCUCAUUUUUUAGACAUUAUUAGAUACUUGGUAAUGUGUAGUUUAUACAGAUAUAAGUAUUCUUAUAUAUACUUGGUUAACGUGGUUUUUUCCUCACUUGGUUAAUCACUCUCUAUAAGCUAAUUCGUGGUUGGUAACCCAUAUAGUUCAGACUAAUUUUUCCAUUACUUGUAUAUAACCAACCACAAACUUGGGUUGUGGUUGGUUAUAUAAUGGUUCAGCCUAUGAGAGGAACCAAGAAUUUACAAGGUGGGCGUGCUGGCAAUCGCGCAGCAGCUCGUGGUAGAGGAACAGAAACUCUGCUUCGAACACACAUGCUAAGAGACGAGAGAAUUUCAUUUUCGGAUGCGGAGACUGAAGGACCGAGUGAGAUCCCUGAGGAGGUGAGAAUUCCAGCUAAUGAGGCAUCAUUGUCUAACAUUGAUGUCCCUGCAGCUCCACCCGAGAAAAAACGUGGACGGGGACCGGCUAGAAGCACAGAAUUUGAUCGCAUUCGCAAAUUUGGCAAAAUAGCAGUAGAAAUUAAGGAUGGCCAAAGAGGAGUAUCAUGUCAGAAUGCGACAAUGUUUUCAACACGCGUGACCUGGAUUGUGAAAAUUUAUGCAGACAUGCGACAUGCAAGUUGGAGUCGCGUUGAUAAACAGAACAAGGAUGAGCUAACGGAUCGUGUCCGAGCUGAUUUUGUAUUGGAUUGGACCAAAAGCAACCAUCGAGAGACAGUGGCAAUGGCACUUGCUCAAAAAUAUAAUGAUUAUCACUACCUACUGCACGGCAAGUACAUGGAGUAUGAUACACAUGAAGCUGCAAUUUCUGGAGGGACAAAGUUGGUGGACAAGGCUGUUUGGCAAUGUUUGUGUGAGAGAUGGGGGAGUGAAGACUUUAAGAACCUAUCUGCACGGAACAAACAAAAUAGGUCCAAUCAAAGGAUAAAUCACACGGGUGGCAGGAAGUCUUUUGUUAGGCUAAUGGAGGAAAAGCGGGAACAAGCUCCGAAUUAUGUUGCUUUUUACAAAGAGGUGCAUUGGUCUAGAAAAAAGGGGAGAUUUGUCACUGAAGCUGCUGAGCAAAAUUACAAUAUGAUGGUGGAGCUGUUGAAUGAGAUGCCACCAGAAGAUGCGGGGGAUGAUAAUGCAAAUGCAAAUGCUGUGUUCAAGGAGGUUUUGGGAUCUCGAUCGGGCUAUGUUAGAGGGUUAGGCCACUUAGUUAUACCUGAACCAUCUGAAUCAUUGUUGUCCAAUAGGGAGUUUAUACGACUUAGGGAGGAGAAUGAGAAGAACAAGGCUGAGGCGGAGGGCUUCAAGAGGAAACUUGAGACGUUUAUGGUUGAUGUCUCAAAAAUGCAAGCUUGUUUUGAAGAAUUUGACAGGCUGAAUAGCCGUGUUACAGAAUUGGAGUCACAGAGGGAGUCUCAACGGGAGACUCCGGGAGAUGCAUAGCCUUCCUCCAAUAAUGGGGAUGUGGGGAGUUUUUUUGAUCAUGUUGAACUUUUUUGAAGUUGUUGGAGUAGAAGUAAAAUAUGGGUGCAUCCUUUUGUUUAAAAUUGAUUUUGGGUGUUUUGUGGGGACUUGGUUGGAAGUGGUGAAUUAUGCCAAGACAAAGAAUUAAGUAAAGAGCAUGUAUCCUUUUGAUAGUAGGCCCAUGGAAAUAUAGUAUUUACAAAGGCAUCCUGCAUGGGUUAGCAUGGUACAGCUAUCUGUUAUAGGGACUAAAGAUCCCACAAGGUAGAAUUGCAGUGCCUGAGCAGAACAAAGAACCAAGAAUCCAAGCCUCCAUGCAUGCAGUUUAGGAAGAAGAUCUUCAUGUAAGGAUAUAGAAUGAACAUCCCAAAACUUCAUGUAUGAGAUGCACGAUAAGGCUUUAAGUUUAAACAUCAGAAUGUUAUUUUGUGUAGCCCGCACCACUGCAUGUUUUAUGUAAAUAUGUGCAUGCUGGUGAAAUGCAAUGAAACGAUGUACCAUUUUAAUAUAUGCAUGUACGCUAAGCUAGCUCCCCUUUCUGUUCUUA